AUGAAGAAGCCGCCUAAGAAGUGGAAAAAAUCUCACAAGCAGAUCUAUUCCACUUACAUGUACAGGUUGCUGACUCAGGUCCACCCUUCGCCCGGGAUCUCAUCCAAGGCCAUGAGUGUUAUGAAUUCCUUCAUUGUUGACAUUUUCGAGCGUCUCGCCCCCGAGGCUUCACACUUCAUUCACUUCAAAAAGCGCCACACCAUCUCGGCCAGGGAGAUCCAGAGUUCUGUCCGCCUCCCGCUGCCAGAAGAACUAGCCAAAUACACCGUCUCCCAAGGCACCAAAGCGGUCACCAAAUACACCAACUCUGUUUAG